GCUAUCAUGGCGCUGUUUGCAAGUCUAACGCUUUUAGUUAUAUUAAUUAGUAUAUUCUUUUUAUAUUACAAGAAAAAAUACAGCUAUUGGAGUAAUAAAGGUGUGAAAGGUCCAACGCCAUGGCCUGUUGUUGGUAAUUUUGGAAAUAUAAUUUUGCAAAAGGAAUCCCUUGAUAUGUGUAUACGAAGAAUCUAUUCAAAAUUUAGAGCAGAAAAACUUGUUGGCAUUUACGCCGGAUAUAAGCCAACAUUAUUGGUUAAAGAUCCUGAAUUAGUAAAAUGCGUUCUAAUAAAAGACUUUGAUGUUUUCAAUGAAAGAGGAUUUAGUUCAAGUAAGAGUCGACUUAGUAUUAAUUUAUUUAGUGCGGACGGCGAAAAAUGGAGAAUAAUGAGACAAAAAUUAACACCCGUGUUUACGACAAAGAAACUUAGAGAAAUGAUACCGACUAUACAAAAUUGCGUUAAAGAUUUCUUACUGUACGUAGAAAAUUUAGUCGAUAAAAACAUUGAUUAUGAAAUAAGAGCAUUAGCGGGUAAAUACACUUUAGAAGUUAUAGGAUCGUGUGCUUUUGGAUUGGAUCUGCAUACUUUUACAGAAGAAGAAAACGAAUUUAGUAAAAUGGCAAAGAAAAUUUUUAAUCCAAGUACUAAGUUAAAAAUUUUGAACUUAAUUGAUUUGAUAUUUCCUGGCAUAAGGAGGAAUUUUGUGUCAAGCACUGAAAGACAAGAGUUUUUUGUCAACCUCGUUCGUGAAAUCCAAAAAGAAAGGGAAGGAAAACCUCUUAAACAUAAAGACUUCAUGGAUCUAAUGAUUGAGUUAAAAGAACAAGGAAAGGCUAGCAGGAAGUUAGAGGACGGUAUUGCUGAAAUAGAAAUUGACGAUUAUAUGAUAGCGGCACAGGCACUCGUGUUUUAUUCUGCUGGUUUUGAGACAUCUGCAGCCACAAUGUCUUUUUUGAUUCAUGAAAUGGCAUUAAACUUGGACAUCCAAGAUCGAGUUUAUAAGGAAAUUUGUGAAGUAGUAGAUAAACACAACGGAGAUAUUAAUUAUGAUGCUAUCAAAAAUAUGAAAUAUUUAGAAAUGGUGAUGAACGAAACGUCGAGGAAGCAUUCUAUUGCAACUGUAUUCCUACGUAGAUCUACUUCAACAUACACAUUCCCUGGAACUAAUGUGACAAUUCCGAAAGGAACUUCUAUUAUGAUACCAGCUAGUGGAUUGCAUAAGGAUCCUAAGUACUUUCCCAAUCCUGAUAAAUUUGACCCAGAAAGAUUUGCACCUGGAAAAUUAAUUAGUAGUAUACCACAAUGUGCAUUUUUGCCUUUUGGUGAAGGCCCUCGCAUCUGUAUAGGUAUGCGAUUUGCUAAAGUACAAACUUUGUUAGGGACGGCUGCGUUCCUGAAAAAAUUCAAAGUAGAACCAUCCUCGAAGACCAAAUCCGAAUUGAUUCUGGAUCCAAAAGCAGUUGUUGUGAGUGCCAAAAACGGAAUAUGGGUGAAAAUUUCUAAGAGAUAGAUGUCCUAUAUAAUUUUUUUGGGUUUUAUAUUAGAUCAAUCUGUAUAAAUAUAUAAUAAUUGUAACCGAAAGAAAAGUUUUUUUUUUUUGAAGGAACAUGUGAAUGACACGCUGCACAUAAAGAUUCCGUAUCUA